UGGUAUUUCAGUGCACCAUCACCGCGUGCAAUCUCCCUACAGGUAUAGGAUCAUAUUGAUCACUUCGAUUACCAAUGGACCAACUGUGGAUGCUGUUCGCGGCAUUGUUCUUGAUGCUAGAUAAACAAGUAUUGGCUGUCAGUCCAUGUGAGGAUACAGCUAACUGGGUGAGUUAUUGUGGAGACAACGCAAGGACAAUCUGCAGCUACCCUCUCAGUGCAUCAAGCAAUGCAUACAUCCACUGUAAGAAGACUUGCAAGAUCUGCGAGUCAGACACAGCGUGUGGUGAUGGCUACUAUGGUCCAGAGUGUAAGCCCUGUGUAUCUCGCUGUGACAACAAUGGCCAGUGUGAGGACAAGAAGCCCACUGAGUGUCCACAGACCUGUCUAGAUGGUAACUAUGGCUUCAACUGUAGCCAGAGAUGCCCCAACAGUAACUGUGUCAUGUGCAAUCGCUGGUCUGGACAGUGUGAGGCGUGUAAAGAUGGACUCUAUGGUAGGAAAUGCCUCAAGAGAUGCUCAGAACAUUGUAUGGACAAAACUUGUGACAUAGAUAGUGGAGAAUGUCUUGAUGGAUGUGAACCUAUGUGGGUGGGUGAUAAAUGUGAUGUUAAAGAAAUAAUCUGUGAGAACUGCUAUCUUCAUAGCUGUACCGAUGACAAGACAUGUCUGUCUGGUUGUAAAAGUACAUGGUAUGGCCCCAAGUGUGACCAACAGUGCACAAAGUGUAGAAAGAAAAAUUGUACCAGUUCUGGUGUCUGUCAAGCUGGAUGUACAAGUGGCUUCUAUGGGAACACAUGCACUGAUAGCUGUAGUGAGUUUUGUGACAAGAAACGAUGUAAUCAGACUGGCUAUUGUAGCAACUGUGUGUCAGGAAAACAUGGAGAAGACUGCACCACUGCCUGUAGCCCUAACUGUGAGGGUUCCUGCUACAGAGGUAGUGGUAAAUGUAGGGCCUGUUCUGUUGGAUGGUAUGGACGGUUUUGUAGUAAGUCCUGCAACAACUGUCUGAAUGGCUGUGAGAGAAAAGGGAGUUGUAAAGACGGUUGCAAGCUAGGCUGGUAUGGGGACAAGUGUACCAAAUCUUGCGCCAACUGUUUUAACGGUUCCUGUGAACAAGCAUCAGGACACUGUGAAAGAGGCUGUAAACCAGGAUAUCAUGGUGCUAAGUGUGACAAGCUCUGUAAUACACAUUGUAGGGACAGUGUAUGUGACCAGACAUCUGGACUCUGCAGUGACUGCGAGGACACAUGGUAUGGAACUAACUGCACCAAGGAAUGUAGUUCUAACUGCAGCAACAGUCAUUGUGUGAUGGACUCAACUGGAUCUCCUGAAUGUACUGAUGGGUGUGUUGAUGGGAAGAAGGGAUCUUACUGUCAGAAGCAAUGCCCAGAUCACUGCUAUAACUGCACAGAUGAUUCCUGUAUUGUGUGCGAGGAGAGUUUCCAUGGCGAUGAUUGCAGAAAGAUCUGUCCAGCUAAGUGUGAACAUGGCUGUCAGAAGGACACAGGAUUGUGUACAUCAUGUCAAGUUGGUUUUUAUGGCCCCCAGUGUCAGUCGUCCUGUGGGUACAGGUGCAAGGCAUUUGACUCCGGGGAUCAGUUCUGUAACUUCAGAGAUGGAGCUUGCCUCAAUGGCUGUAGUGACACCAGCUGUCUGAAAGGCUGGUAUGGAUCCCACUGCACCAAAACCUGCUCAGAUGGAUGUUAUGAAGGAGACUGUGACCAGAGCUCAGGGCUGUGUGUGCAAGGUUGUGAGAAGGGCUUCAUGGGUGGCACAUGUGACACAGCAUGUCCGUAUGGUCGCUAUGGCUACAACUGCAGUGGGACAUGUGGUUAUUGUAGAGGCAAUCCAUCCUGUGACAGUAUCCAUGGCAACUGUUCUAUGGGAUGUGCGGAUGGUUAUGGAGGCAGCUUCUGCUCUGACAGAAUGAUAAUCGCUCCAUCACCUGGUCCAAAAAGUGCUGGACCAGAUGCCCUGACCAUCAUCCUGGCCGUUGUGGCCAUCUUGCUGGUUUCUCAGCUGGUGAAGCCAACGGAUAAAAACGGUAUUCGUUUGGGUUCAUAUGCAGAUAAAGAUGCAAAUAUGAAAGGUCAAAAAUUGCCGUCGGGUUUAUUACAUGAUUGCUAUGCUGCUAUGGAGAAGGAGAACAGACUAAAGAACAUUUACAACGACGUGUUUGCAUACGACCAGACGCGUGUAGUUCUUGAGCUGAACGAAGACCACUCUCCCUCAGAUUAUAUCAACGCUAGUUUUGUUAGUGGCAAGGGUGUGAGGUACUGGCCAGAGCAUGGUUCCGGGGCAGAUCGUCAUGGCAAUAUAGAGAUUGAGUGUUCAUCAGAAGAGGCCCUGGUGCAUUGCACAAUGAGGACAUUCAAGAUGUGUAAAAUACUUCAGUGUGGGUCAAAAGCCUCUCGAACCAGGAUAGUUAAACACUUUCAGUUCGCGUUCUGGCCCGACAGAGGGAUCCCUACCGAUGUGGCUUCUCUGGUGGAGUUCUACUUCAAGGUCAGGAACACACCGACACACGGACAGGGGCCCAUGGUUGUGCACUGCAGUGAUGGCGUGGGGAGAACAGGAACCUUCCUUGCACUAUGGAACCUGAUAGACGAGGCCAAGACAUCAGACACAGUGGAUCCCUACAGCUGUAUCAAGAGGAUGAGGCAUGAGAGAGUCAACAUGGUGCAGACACUGGAACAAUACGAGUUCCUCCACAAUGCGCUCAUUGAGGCCCUGAUGGCUGGGGGAACAACCGUCUCCACAUCAGACUUUAAAACCAGUUAUGACAACCUCCUACAGGACAACCCAGAAACAGGCGUCUCCAGGCUCAAAGAACAGUUUGAGAAUUUGCAGUUGAUGAAGCCUCCAUAUAGACUGAGAGAUUACCGAACAGCUUUGCUGCCCGAAAAUGCCUCCAAGAACCGGUUCAUGGACAUUCUAGCGUGCGACAGUCAUCGACCAGUCCUGUCGAGCAGUACACUGGACGGGACAGAUUAUAUCAACGCCGUCUACCUGCCGGGUUACAGGAGCCCGAUGGACUUCCUGUUGACACAGACGCCGCUGACAGACACGGUACUCGACUUCUGGAGGAUGGUGAUUCAGACGGACUCACAAACCAUUGUCAUGCUCAACGACGACAACGACGAUGCAAUGACUAUGGGCUACUACUGGCCCCAGGACUGUAGACAGAAGGUGUUCGGGCCAUACCUUGUGGAGGUGCUGGAGACUGAGAACUACGAGUGUUACUCAGUCAUCACGCUAUCAGUCAGAGAAGAUGAAGAAGAUGCAGAGACCCUUCAACCCAGAAACAUCAAAUUGUUCCAGUGCCAUUGUUGGCCCCAGGGGCAGACAACUCCCGUGUCUUCCUUACCCUUGCUGGCUAUGAUGGAGGCAGUGGAAGUCUGGCGUGAGGCAACAGGCUUCAAGCCCGUCACUGUCCACUGUUGGAAUGGUGUGGAUAGAUCGGGACUGUUCUGUGUCCUGUCGGCCAUCUUGGAAAGAUUGAAGAUUGACCUCAACAUCAGCAUUCUGCAGACCAUCAACGAGAUGAGACUUUGUAGACCCCAGCUAAUACAGAAAUUCGUGAGUCCUAGUUUUGUUCUGACGGAGAAUGGAAUAGGGAAGAGGCAUGGAAAUAAAGAUAGACAGAUGGAGGCAGACACAGUCGGGAGGAACAAAGACAGAGAAAACAGGAAACAAAGGCAACGAGAGAUAAAUUUUGAACGGAAACAGCGAGAUAAAGGGAUAAAGGGUCGAAGAACAAAGAGACAGGAGAAACAAGGGAGAACAGCGAGGGAUAGGGAUAAAGAGACAGUCAGAGAAAGGACAAAGGAAAAGACAGGGAGAACAGCAAGAGAUAGGUCAGAACAGUCAGAGGACAGAGACAGGAGAACAGCAGAGAUAAAGGUUGAACAGUCAGAGCGACAGAAGAGACAGGGGAGAACAGCAGAGAUAGGGAUAAAGACAGAUAGAAGGACAAAGGAACCGGGGAGAACAAAUAAAGAGAUGCGGGAUAAAGACGGUCGAAGAACAGACAAGGAGAACGAAAGCGAGGAUAAGGGAUGA